CGUUCUUCAUUUGACUGCAGGCUGAGGCAUGGAGAUGUAUUCCCCUUUGAUGGUCCUGGAGGUGUGCUAGCCCAUGCUUUCUUCCCCGGCACACCAAGGCAAGGGGAAAUCCACUUUGAUGCCGAUGAGAACUGGACUGUGAGGAAAAGUUCGGGCAUGGACCUGCUCAACACGGCCACCCAUGAGUUUGGCCAUGUGCUGGGCCUGCACCACUCCAUGGACCCCGAAGCCGUCAUGUCAUCAUUCUACACCUUUUCUGACCCAUUCACCCUGACUGAGGAUGACAAACAGGGCAUCCAGGCCUUGUAUGGCACACCCACCAUCGUCAGACCAAAUGUGAUGGAGACCAAUGAAAUCACUCCAUCUAAGCCUGAUGCCUGCCACACAGAUUUUGACGCAGUGUCGGUCAUCCGAGGGGAGCUUUUCUUCUUCAAGUCCUCUUACGUGUGGCGCCUCCGAGACGGGCACCUCCAGACUGGCUACCCCGCGCUGGCAGCCUACCAAUGGGCUGGCUUCCCCAAGAGAAUCGAUGCUGCCUUUGAGGACAUAUUUGGGAUGAUAUGGUUCUUCCAAGGCCACAAUUUCUGGGUUUACAAUGCUGAGAGUCGGGUCAGGGGCCCGGAAUCAGUGAAGAGCCUGGGAGUUCCUGUCUCCGAUAUCCAGGCCACCUUCACCUGGAGUAAAACCAAAGACCGGAGGACCUACUUCUUCAAGGAUGAUAAAUACUGGAUCUUUGAUCCCUCCAACAAGAUGGUGGAAAGUCCACACCCAUACAGCACGCAGAACUGGAGGGGAUUCCCCAGCAACAUCGAUGCAGCCUUCCAGGACCAGCAAGGCUAUGCCAAUGUUCUUAGUGGAAGGCAGUACUGGAAGUUUGACCCAGUGAAAAAGAAUGUACUGGAAGGCUAUCCCCGCUAUAUUGGAGUUGACUUUUUUGGUUGCUGAAGGUCUUAAACAAGCCUGUGGAAGAGCAGCAUUUCCACACUGGACUGGCAGGUGUUGGAACAUCCUCAUUAAUGUCUGUCGCCCUCUGGUGUUCAUUGGUUAUACCAGCCUCAGCGAACAGGAAACAGGAUUUCCAAGUCCCACUGCUGUUUCCGAAAGAACACAGUGAAUCAUCUUUAGAUCUUCCUUGAUGGUACAAUGUUCACAUUUACAUUCUUUCAGUAUUGGUGGGAGGCCUUAAUAUCAGUAUCAAUUAGUAUUUAAUAUCAACAUUAAAUGUAGUCAGCUAAUAGUAUUUUUUUACCCAGUAGGCAGCAAUAUAAGUUAUAUGCAAAUAAUUAUUUGAACUUGAAAGUCACAGACUCUCAGGAAAAAAAUGAACAUUUGAAUUUGUAUGUCUGAACUAAUGUUUAGACACUUCAUAUAGCAGCUGUAAUCCUGUUCAUUGAAGAAACAAACAGCAUAUCUACCUUUUACAAGAAGGACGUGAUUUCAUAUUUCAGUUUUGUAGCAGUAUAACAUUUUCUGUUUGUAACACAUCAGGUACUAAAUUGCUUAGACAAUAGUGGCGUAUGAAGCAUCCACACAUUAAUACCUGUCUAACUUGUGUUAUAAGCAGGAGUGUUUGCAUUAAAAUUCAAGGAGGAUAACAACCACCAAACUGACUGCUGAUCUAUAUUAUAUCUGUAGAUCACUCAUUCUCUCAGGCUUGCUUAUAUCCAGCAGAGUGCAGGAAAACUACUCAUUUUAAAACCUGAUAGCUUCUUCGAACAUUUUUUUCAACUGUAGGAGUAUUUACAGUGUGGGAUGAACUUUAAACAAACAUAUAGCCAGCCCUAGACUUACAAUGUAGGCCCGCACAAAAAUUCACAAUAACAUUCAUCCAUCUUCCAACCUCUUAUACUGCUAUCCCAGAAAGCACAGGGCACAGGGCUGGGGAACACCCCGUGUGGAAUGACAGUCUGUCGCAGGGCACACACACAUCUUGGUACACAUUUUACACUUUUCUUAUAUAACAAUAACAAUGACAAAUAUGAGGACGUUUGCCAAAUCAUUGAUUGUAUUUUGUCUGUGAUCUUGACCACAGGUGGCAGACCACAACUUUUCUUCUGAAAAAAAAAGGGCAGCUAAUUCCUAAUUUUACAAACUAUAUGAUUCGUAUUACAGGCCACAGCAUACACGGUUAGAAGAGGAAUCGAUGGAAUACUUGGUGGUUUGUAGCCUUUUCAAGCAGUUUUUUUUAAUAAUGUGGAAAUUAUUAUUUCAGCUCUCUCCACAACUCUCAUCUGGACAACCCAUCCGUUUUUUAAGGGUAUUUAUGUUGUCUUAACAUAACAGAUGAUUUUUUUCAUGUUUAACCAAAAUAUCAUAUGUAAAAAUGUAUAAAUUAUGUUUAAUAUUUCGAUAUAAAUAAAGGUAAUCCUCGCUCAGGCUUUGAUCCUCUA